GCUUCACGCAGUUCGAAGGCGAUCGCACCAGGAAUCGAGAAAUCCGCCGCAUUGCGCCGCAUUGUUCGUACUGUUCAUAACGCGCGUUCCGCGGAGCGAUCGGUCUAGGUCGGUUGUGAGUCGGUUCAUUGAUUCACCCACGUGUCCUCACGUGUUCCUGGACUCGUGGAUGACGCGGGAUGCCUGACAGCCAGGACGGUGUAACCCACGCCUGCUUCACUCAGUCUACUCCGUUUCCGUUUCACAACGAACGAUCGAUUUUCUUCACGUCCACCCGCGCUCUACGCCUAACGCUUGCGCGGCUCUAACCGUUUUUAACGAGAGAUAGGCAGAGGCGGACAUGCACUCACGCACCGUGCUCUAUUUUCGGAUGAAUUAUUAAUGAAGAUCGACCUGUCGUGAUCAUGCACGUGCGCUUGUAUACGCAUACGAUUACGAACGCGUAAUCGAGAGAACUGUGCGGGAAUCGGAAAAUGAUUAGAAUUAGAAAAGAGGGUUAUUAUUAUUAUCUAUGGCAGCUCAACGCAUAACGAGAUAAUUAACUCGUUAUCUCGGAAACAAAGCCGGCAAAGAAGAUCCGCAACAAGUUGAUAAAACUGGAAAUUAUUUUUCCAACGAUUUCUUAAUACCAACUAAAAAUGUCGGACGUUGAAGGCGAUGACGAGUUUCAAGAUGCUCAGGAAUCAUUACCACAACUUGCGUCUAUGGAUUUGGAUACAGCGAUAAUGGAAGCGAAAAAGGCGAUUCACUGUUUCUUUAACAACGAUUUCGAUGAAGCGAAAAAAAUCAUGGAGCCAUGGGCGGAUAGCAGCAUGUACCAUUCUCUAGGGACUAGCGUAUUCGCGUUCCUAGAGGCGAUUCUUACAUUCGAACAAAAACACAUCGCGAAGGCAUCAGAGAAGUUGAAACAGUGUAUGAGCGUGUGUUCCAAACACCGAAAGCACAUCAGUAUUACGCAGAACAUUGGGAAAAUAGUCAAGAAGAUUAACUACGACGCUUACACGAACGAGGAGGUGCAUGCGGAACUCUGUUAUGCCGAAUCGCUCCUUUUAAAAUCGAUGCUCACAUUUGUGGAAGAUGAAACUCUGGUCAGCUUUGUCAAGGCAGGACUGAAAAUUCGUACCUGUUUUCUGUCGUACAAAGAAUGCAUGACAAUCUUAAAAAACCGGAAGUGGGGAAACGACAUUCAUAAAGUGCAUUUUGAGAGUGGCGUUCGCAUGGGCAUCGGCGCGUUCAAUUUGAUGAUCUCAUUAUUACCAGCGCGUGUUAUUAAAUUGUUAGAGUUUAUCGGGUUCUCCGGCGAUAAGGAAUAUGGUCUAACGGAAUUGAAAGCAGGCUACGGUGAAAGAAGAGGAUUGCGACAAAUCCUAUGUGUGAUGACUCUGUUGUCCUACAAUUUGAUAGUCUGCAUCGUGCUGAGUCACUCGGACGGCGAUCUAGAGUGGUGUGAGCAAGUAUUGGAACAGGAAUUGAGUCUCUAUCCGAACGGUGUGUGGUUUCUGUUUUUCAAGGGAAGACUAGAAUUCACGCGAGGCAAUUUCGAGGAAUGCGUAGACUGGUACAUAAAGUCGUGGAAAAGUCAGAAUGUUUGGCCGCAGUUCCAUCAUAUCUGUUAUUGGGAAUUAAUGUGGACGCACUGUUCGCUACAGCAGUGGAGCAAUGCGGCCACGUACGCCACGAUGUUGGUAAACGAGUCCAAUUGGUCGCGCACUAUCUACUUGUAUCAAAAGGCUGCAAUUCUGCUUAUGCAGAAACCGACGGUUUGGAGUGAGGAGAAACAGCUGGUCGACAACCUAAUGAUGCUGGCACCGACCUACAAGCAGCGUAUUGCUGGCAAGUCGCUACCGAUGGAGAAGUUUAUAAUCUCAAAGACUCAGCGUUAUUUCGCACAAAAGAAGUACCUAGUUUUGCCCGUGUUUGAGCUUAUGUACGUAUGGAAUCUAUUCAGGAUAGUAGGCAAACGGCAAGACUUAUUGUUAAAUAUAUUCAAGAGGAUAGAAGAAGAGGAGAGGGAACUCCAAACAGCCUCGAAAAGUAAUUAUGAUGCAGACAACAAAGCACUCCUAUUGCUACUGAAAGGCGCUUGUCUACGACAAAUGCAGCAUCCUUUACUAGCGGAGGAAUGUCUGCGACAAGUUUUACAAUUGGAAAAGUCUGUCAAAGAGGACACGUACUUAUUUCCCUACGCCACCGUGGAAUUAGCGUUAUUGGCGGGAGAUCAGGGUGAUAUUCAACUGGCUAUAGGCUUUUUGGAAGACGCUAAAAAAAACUAUACGGGCUACUUAUUGGAAUCUAGAUUGCACUUUAGGAUACACUCGGAUUUAAUGGUAUUGACUGGCAAGAACAACAAUCAUACAAUGAAGAAGCACGGGAAUGAUCAUCUGCUGGAAAAGGCUAUCGCUGCCGGCGUUAUUAUCGCCGGUCCAAGUGCCGACGAAAUUAAGACAUAAAAACAUUGUAAAUCAUAUCGGUAAUCUACUUAUCUUUAUGUAAAUUCUUUUGUAUCUUCCUAAACAACAUAUUGUACGUAUGACGAGAACUCUUUUUGCAAAAAUGAACUGAUUGUUUUAUAACUCUUCUCUAAUAUCGAAUGGCCUUGCGUGUAACUUUCGUCUGGUUUUGCUCUCUGUAGAGUUCAAGGAAUUUAUCACACCUUUUUCAAAAAUUGGGCACAUUUUCUAGCGCUUAAUAUUAAUGCAUAAAUUAUUUUCUUUCACGAGGAGGACAACGAUUUAGUAACAUAUAAAAAUAAUAUUUUGU